UUUAUUUUUUGUAUCUUAGCUAGUAUUAGUUUACAUAAGCCUUUUGUAUCGGUUUGCUUUUAGUUCGAACCACUCAAUCAUCAUUGACUACGACUUGCCUUCACAACCACAUCCUAGUUCCGUAAUCCUGAUUCUUGUAUUAUUGAUUCAUCGUUCCCUUUGAAUAAAUGCUAAAGAUUGAUUUUAAUGUGAUCUGGUUACUUUGAAUUAUGUGCGUUCAAGUAUUUCAAGCUCCUGGGGUUAAGUCGUAACCUACGCAUGGCUUCACUCCUGGAAAGUCACAUCAGUUUGAAUUUGACGCAAAGUUUCGCGUUGUUCAUCAUUUAUCGCUGGAUUUUCUACCUUUACGAAGACUUUGGCUGCGCUAGCUAAUGUAACAGUUGAAACACGUGUUUACUUUAAGUUAUGCAAUAAGCUAUCACGUUCCACAACACGCGCAUGGAAAUCCUACACCGGUUAUGGCCGACAAAGAAAGCGAACAAAACACAGAUAGUGAAUGUGAAUCAAAUUCUACUCUCGGUUGGGACGGAGUUCAAUCCGAAAAACUCCUACAGCUUAAAAGGAGCAGAAGUUCUAAAAAAGGAAUUCUUACUAAGGCCCAAAAUGAAAUAAAAGGGUUGAUGCUGAAUUCUAACAACGAUAUCCAGUCAACUUGCCGACGGUCCAACUCGCCGACGUAUAAAAUCGAGUAGAGACGUCGGCAAGUUGGUCCUCAAUCCAAUACAACUUAUUAGAAGUUAAACAUACAGAAAAGUAAACGAUAUUUAGUUAAAAAAACACUGGUGAACAUUGGUGAACAUCAAACAGAAGCUUAAACAUUGGUGAACAUUGGUGAACAUCACCAAUGACUAUAACAGCGUAAGACGCGAACGAGUUAUUGUGCAACAACGACACCGUGAAGACUAAUCAUGUCAAUCGCUCAGAUUUUUUAAAGAAAACUUGGCUUUCUAGACAAGAUCUUUUGUAAAAAGCAAUUCUUUUUAUUUGCAACAAAGUUUAUAAGGAUCUCAAUACGAAUAAAGCAAACAGUGUUGUUGUCGCACAAUAACUCAUUCACUUCUUAAGCAGUUAUAGUCAUUGGUGAUGUUCACCAAUGUUCACCAAUGUUUAAGCUUCUGUUUGAUGGUUUGAUGUUCACCGAUGUUCACCAGUGUUUUUUUACUAAAUAUCGUUUACUUUCUGUAUGUUUAACUUUUAAUAAGUUGUAUUGGAUUGAGGACCAACUCGCCGACAUCUCUACUUGAUUUUAUACGUUGGCGUCGGCAAGUUGACCGUAAUUCCUAACUACAAUCUAGUAAAGGACAGAAUCGAAGAAUUCAAACAAUUCUUACAAGACUUUAAGGAAGCCCAUGCCGCUUAUCAUUCUCACCUUUGUGACGAAAACGAAAAUAAAGAGUCAAAUGAUUAUUAUGACGCCGCGGUUCUCUUAGGAACAGAUUUGGCAUGCGAUGUCGGUAACUGGAUCUCGUUAACAGCUAUUGAAACAAGGUCACUACAGUCUUGAGAAGAAUUACAUCCUGAGGAUUCAAUUAGCAACGCCGGUUCUCGUGCCAUUUCAAAGUCAUCUUGCUGCUUGAGAAAAAGUUCGUUGAUUGGUUCCCUAGCAAGUUCUCACGCGAGUUCAAUUUCAGCCACUAGGACGAAGGCCGCCGCUAAACGAGCAGUUUUACAAGCCGAAGCUGCAAGCCUUGAAAGCUUCCACGCCCUCCAAAAGGAAGAGCUAGGCAUUCAGCAAUGAAGAAGAGCUUUGGAACUCCAAACAGAAAUCGGAAAAGCACAAGCUGAGGAGUUAAUCUACGCAGAAGCAGAGGCAGAUCCCGUGGGAACCCCUAUAUCUUUAGAUCCAGCUGCCAACCGGCCUACACGCUCUGAAAGCGCACAAAAGAAUGCUCAUCAGAAUGCCAACUGCCAAAAAACAAGGAUAACACUGAUAACAGACCUCAGAAUUUUACUGAAGUUCCUAAAGUUAGCAAACCUCUCAAUCUGA